ACGUAGAACGAAAACAACUACUAUUGUAUAAAUAAUAAUCUUUAAUUUUUGUUUUGUAAUCAGUUCCCCAUUAAUAUUAAAAGCGUAACUUAAGGAUCUACCAAAGAUGAUUAAGUAUAUGUAAAAAUUAUCAAGUAAAGUCUAAAUAAUAUUUGAAAUAAAUUUAUCAAGAACAACAAAAAGUACAAAGGGAAACAUUUUCCAUAAAGGGGCGCCAAAAAGUAAGACGUAGAAGAAGAGAUAUUUUUAUUUACUUUUUUAUCAGGAAACCAAUUAAAAUGUAUGCAAAAUAUGAGGAGAAUCCGGAACAAGGUCGUACAUUGCGACAGCUGAAAGAUAUGUUUCCUUCAACUCCACAUUGGCGAUUGCGAGAGGUAUGCAAAAUAAAAAAUUGGAACUUGAAUUCAUGUAUUGACCUGUUGAUGAAUAUCGAAUUCAGUAAUGUGUCUUGUGAUCUGCAGCACAUGAAAGUAAAUAAAAAAGAAGUUGGAAAAGGCAAUCUCAACAAGGACGAAGAUCGUGUUGCGUAUUUGAUUAAGAAGGGUUAUCGUGUCAUGGUACUAAUGCGUGGCCCACCAGGUGUUGGUAAAUCUUAUUUGGCACGAUCUCUUGUCGAUAAUUGUGUAGAUCUACAGAAUAACGGCUAUAAUAUAGGUGAUUUUGUAUGCAGUUCAGACGAUUACUUCUACAAUGCUAAAGGUGUUUACAAAUACAAUUCCGCUUUUAUAUCUGAAGCACAUGAAUUUAACCAUCAGCGAGUAAGAGACAAAACUAAAUCUGGAUUAAGUCCUAUUAUUGUGGAUAAUACGAACUUACAACUGUGGGAGAUGUUACCUUACGUUAAACUUGCUGUACAAAAUAAUUAUUUAAUUGAGCUAAUGGAACCGAAAACACCUUGGCGCAAUUCCACAAGAACACUGGCCCAAAAAAAUAAACACGGUGUGCCGCAAAACCGUAUACAACAAAUGAUGGAAAAAUAUGAGAAAGGCAGUGUUGAUUCAUUAACAAGGAUGUUGAAAAAUACAAAAUAUACCAAGACUCUACCUCAGAUGCGUUCACUACCGCCCCUCAAAACAGCUCCUAUAAAUGGUCAAAUGGUGGAAGCUACUAAUGAUAAAGUUACCAAAGAAGAGUCUUUAGGAAAUGAGCAGUCACAAGUGUGGAAUGCCAUCGCAACAAAUGAACCUAAAGAACAACGUACAAAAUUUAAAUCCAAGAGGUCACCGUCCAAAUCAUUUGAACAACAACAUUCUCCAUUGCUAUCAACAACACGUGAUGUUUACAGUCUUUUGGAACAAAAAACAACGUAUGUUUGGAAGCCGUUUGAAUCAGAAUCUGCUGACUUUUGGGGCAUUAAACCACCGCAACAACAACCGCAGCAGUUUUCGCAAUUAAAUGACUCUGCCAAAAGUACGUGUAGUGAAAAAUCUUUAUUGGAUUUGCUUAGGGAGGAUUCUGGGGUUGCGACAAAUGAAUUAGAAACCUUACCACAAAGUGAUAAUGAUAGUUCGAAAGGCUUAAGUGUUUUUGAACGACACAGCAUUAAUUGUCCGAAUGAAAAUACUGUCUUUAUUUCACUGCGUCAAAUUUAUCCAAACAAAAAAGUGUCUGGGUUAUGGGAUUUAUUUGUUAAAUGUAAUGGCGAUGUAGAUUGGGCAGUAGAUAUUUUACUUAAAGAAGAUGAAUUGGAAAGAAUUCGAGGUGAUGACAAUAUCAACUAUCAAACUGAAGAUGACGAGUUCUUCGAAUGUUUGUGCAAUAAUGCCAAUAGAGAAAGUAUGCCUACAAACAUUACUAGAGAUAACAUUGAUAAUAACGCAACGUCUGAUGAAAACACAAAGACCCUGUUAAAUCUAGCAGACGCUAAGCCCCAACGUCAAAGGUCGCGGUUCUCUCGUUCUAAUCAGCGUACAAAUCCAGCACUCUUAGAGGUAAAAGAAAAUAUUGAAAAUUGCUUCGUUUUGGGAGAUGAUCAAUAUUCGCGACAUCUACUAAAGAUACGAAACAAUCGUAGUGGAGCAAACGACAUAACUGGCUCCUCAAAUGUUACAACGGAAGGUUAUGAAAUCAAAGAAAACGCAUGUAUGAAGGAUAAAGAUGGUGAUGAUAAUGUCGAAAAUGAUGAUGAUGAUGAAGAAGAGGACGACAAUGAAAGUGAUGACUUUAAUGAGGAUAUGUUGGAAAUGUCGUUAGGGGAACAACUAAUUGAGCAACUAGCUGAGACUUUCAGAAAUGAAUCUUCCCUCGAAGAACAAGUCUCUACUACUUUACCGGCAAAUUUAAAGGUUUUUAUGCCUCGUUCCUUGGCAAAACAAUUGUAUAUGUUAUGGGUGGAAUCAGCGUAUAAUCACAUGGAGGAGGAACGCCAAAAGUUGGUACGAGAAGAUGAAGAUUUUGCUCGACUCUUAAAGAAUCCGAAAUAUUCAGAGUUUAAGCAGUCUCCUAGUAAUCUACGUGAAAUAUUGGACAUGGAGUACGCAUGGAAAAUAUACAAUCAAGAUCAAGAAGAACAGCAAGAUAUUGACAUGGAGAAAAUGCAUUUACCAAAUGAUUUGGCGGCGCAUCUGACACAAAUGAAAUUAUGUGAAUCAUUUCCUGACAUUCCUCGCGAAACUCUACUUGAUAUACUGGCAACGAAUGGUAAUGAUUACAAUGCAACUGUAACCGUCCUACAAAGCACCAUGCAAACAGACGAUGCCUGUACCACACAAGAACUUCUAAUGGAUUGUGCUCGUAGAGAACAAGAGCUGGUCAACCUACAAGUUCAAAACCAAAUGGAUCAACGUCAAGAGAGAGUAUCUAAUAACUGGGACGACAGUGAUCGAAAAUCAUCUUUACCGCGGGAUGAAGCCAAACGUUUGGCUUUACGUGAAUUCGAAGAAAGUCGAAAUCUGGCUGCACAUCACUGUCAAUUGAAAGCUGAAUGCUACCAAAAGGCUAAGGAAGCCAUACAGAGUGGUAACAGUGGCGCUGCCAUUUAUUAUUCCCAAAUUGCUAAUUUACACAAAAAGAAAAUCGACAUGUACAAUCACCGUGCGGCCAAUUGCAUCAUGGACGCUCAUAAAUACACCCAAAACAAUCCAGACCUAUUGGAUCUCCACUAUUUACAUUUGAUAGAAGCCUUGGGAUGUUUAGAUUUAUUUUUAGAUCGACACAUUACUGGACUGCGUGUAGCAUCGCGAAACUACAAACAUGUGUUUAUUAUCACCGGACGUGGUAAGCACAGUGCCGGGGGUGUGUCUACAAUUAAAAAUAAAGUUAAAGCAAGGUUAAAAGAACGUUGCCUCAGAUGGAGUGAAGUUAAUCCUGGUCUUUUGAAAGUGAAAUUAUUUUCUGGUUCGCGUCAUUCCAAGAAUAUUUGAUUAAACCAGGUAUAUGCUUCUGUAAUUUAGGUACACCAGCAUAUACCUGAACGCCGUUUACAUUUUUAUAAUGCCUAUGGGUUUGAGUUUUCCCCCUUAUACAUGUUGUUGUGUAUUUAUGGGAUUCUCUAAACAGAAUUGCGUUUAGAUUUCCAUUAACAAUGAUAUUUUACCAUUUUAUUAUUGUUUACAAUAUUUUACCUGUUUUAGUUUCAUAAAUUAUUUUUACAUAUAUUUUUUUACGCUUUGCAAUAUUUAUUUGGGUAUACAUACGUAUGUAAGUAUGUAUUUACAUAUUAGAUGAAUACUUACAUAUAUAUAUUUUAAAUAUUAGGUAUACACAUUCACAGAAAAGACAAAUACAUAUUCUAUUUUGAAAUAAAUAUUUUGUAAAAAAUGUAACAUUAUAUUUUAAACUA